CCAAGUUUUUGUGUAAACUUACAGUUACCUUACUGAAACACUGUCAACUACUGUAAAUAAAUUAUGGCAUUUAAUGUAUUCAAAUCAAAAGUAUGCUUGUCUGAUACGUGUUAAUAAAUAGAUAAAAUAAACAAUAAAAAUCUAUCUGCGGAUUCCAUGGUCGAUAUAUAGGCACGCCUUGGUUAAUGGAUAUGUUUUCAGAAUCAAAAUGGACACCGCCCUGAUUAUUUCUUUACUUAUUUUAGGAUAUUUUACCACUGAAAAUGAGUGUCAAACCAGUCUCUGCAAAAAACCAAAUCAACCUAUAAAUGGGCAAGUGUUCUGUAUCAACGAUAGUGGAACAUUGAAAUGUUAUGCCACAUGUAAUGGUGGAUUCACCUUUCAGACUACGUCGGUAGAGUUUCGUACCUGUAAUCAGGCAGACGGGUCAUGGCCUAGUGGGAAUACCUUCCCUGAUUGUAUAGAUUCUGGUUCAAGAUGUCGGUCGUUGUCGCCACCAAAGAAUGGAGUUGUUAGAUGUGAAUCAGUCAAUACACAGCUGGUUUGUAUAGCUGAAUGUGACAGACAGUAUGUGUUUCCUACUGGACAGACAGCACUUAAGAAAGUUUGCAAUGCAUCUGUUGGCUGGCAAUCCACCGAUCGAAUACCGGACUGCAAAGCUAGCUGUAGUGCUCGGUAUCUGAUAUCAGGAAGUACAAAUAUAACUGAUUCUGACUUCACAACGUCGUCAAUCCUCUCUGAAAACCAAAAGACAUUUUCGCCAAGAAAAUCGGACAUAUUUUGUGUAAACGAAUGUGGAUGGAGGCCAUCCCGAUCUGAUCUUAACCAGUUUGUACAGAUUAACUUACAACGAGCAGGACGUUUACUUGGAAUUACAACCAAAGGCCUCUCUGUUGGACCAUCUGAACUUUAUGUCACACGGUUUCGGAUUCUACACAGUAUGGAUGGGAAAGUAUUCACUCCCUAUAGUGACGCAAAUGUCACCGACAAGUUCUUUUCUGGCAACACAGAUGGAUAUUUACCAAAAAUGCAGGUAUUUAGUUGUCCUUUCGAAGCCCAGUACAUCCGGAUAAAUCCUUUAGAAUGGCAUGAUGGGAUUGGAUUACGAUUUGAUCUACUAGGAUGUGACAUCGAUUCAUUACCAAAGACAACCGUACAACCACACACACCACCACAACGUGCGACAACAAUUUCCACUCAAAGUACUCCCCAGCCAGCCACAGGUAUAACCUCAGGUGCUACAGGAAAGACAACUCUACCUCAACAGCCAUGUUCACCCGUUCUACCUCCUCCAAAUGGUGUCGUCAACUGUCAAAAGACUACAACGGAACUGUCUUGUACAGCAAUAUGUAACGAUGGUUUCCAGUUUACUACAACACAAUCACUUAUACGGCUGACAUGUCAAUUACAAACAGGAACGUGGAGUAAUGGGAAAAACUUUCCUGCUUGUAUAGUCAGUAAUCAACUUAUAACAGCAAAGCCCUCUAACAAUAGAAAGUGUGUGAGCUCACAAUCGGACUGUAACGUAUUUGGUAAUGGAGACUAUAACACAUGUGGUGAUUGUCGUUAUUUUGCUACUUGCUCAGAUACAUUAGUGUAUAUCAGAUCAUGUCCGAACAAUUUAUCGUUUGAUUCCGUUACCGGAACUUGUCAGUUUGUCUCCAACACAUGUCGUUCAAGUAGUGGUGUCCCCUUCGGAUGAUUUUAUGUAUUUUAUAAAAUGUGAUAGAUUUUUGCUUUAAAAGAUAUUUUGACAGUAAUAACAUAAAUAAGUGUGUAUUUUUUGAUGGCUCAAAUGUAAAUGCUCUCUUUUCUUACCUUUUUUUUAUUGUGUAAUUAGUCUGUACAUAUAUAUGCAGUGUUUCUAUUUUUAAGUGUAUAGAAAAUGAUAGAAUAAUUUGCACGUAUAAGAUGAAUAAAUAAUAAUAUAAUUUAUAGAAUUAGUCUAACACAGGGGGUUUAUUGCUGAGCGUUGUAAAUGAGUAUAGUUCCAGAUAAUUUGAAACACAAACAGUUAAGGUUUCUUUGAUGAAAAGAAAAAUCGCCAAGGUAAAAACGCUUCUGUAUAAUUAAAUGAACUAAGUGUGAAGAAGAUUUGAAUGGAUAAUCUGUUGGAAGCCACAUUUUAAUUUUCCACUCUUAGAACGUCUGGAAUAAGAUAUACUAGUAAUACGCUGCAUUGGUUAUUACUAGAGGCA